AUGAAGAUUCUGGAAGGGUUCUGGCGUGGCCUCGAGGUCUCGCUCAUUACCGCUGAAGGUAUUCCCCUACCCGAGUUCCCAGGGUAUGGCCCCACCCCUGUGAACGAUCUCGUUGUCAGGCAUGUCGAGUGCCAAAAUGGGAGGCGGUUCAAGAUCUAUGUCGCCCGACCAAUUGGCUUUGAGCAUGAAAUCAACAUCGAAGUCACGAUCGAUGGACGCGUGGUCGAACGCGUAGCCCUUGUAGCGGAACAAGAGGACUUGUGCAUCGCCACGUUCGACGAGAGCAGCCCCCAUGGGUUCGUCAAGAAAGCUUUCGCUUUCGCGGCCGAGCCCUCGGAUGGACCGUCGCUUGGUACACGCAAAGUGGACCUUGAUCAGUUGGGUUCGAUAUCGAUCACCUUCGAGGCGGGGAGCACACACAAUACGGAUGAGCAUACGUUCUCCAUCUGUGAAGACUGCGAAAACAAGGCACUGAUCAGCGGCGCCAAGAUGAAGAAGCUUCUGAGCUCUUUUGUUGUUGGCGAGGAAGUGGGCCCUUCAGAGUCUCUGCCAGUCGUGGACUGGGUUCGCCUCGAGGGAGAGCCGAAGCUGACGGCGGUCUUCAUUUACCGCACGGCAGAGGCGUUGCGCACACUUGGUCUCAAGCACCCGUUUGACGCUGAGGACACUAAGCCGACUGUCAAAGGUCUGAAGCGCAAGGUUGACGAGUCAAAGGACGUUCAGAAGAAGGUCAAGACUGAGAUAGUUGGCGUGAAGCGCGAGGCGACCUCGCCAGAUUGCUCCCCGAAAGUUGAGCCAUCGACUGAAGACAACCAGGCGGAGCGGGCGGACUAG